GUUCCGAACGCGCGGAACAGAGGCGCGGGCGGCUGAGAGGCCGGCGGACGCACCCGCCCGAGGGAGCCCGCCGCCGGCCGGACUUGGCCUCGCUCCCGGAGCCGGGCGGCAGUCGCGGCGGCGCAGCCUGGCUGCAGGAGCUGGGCCCGCUUGAGCGGCGGCGGCCGCGAUCGGAGCGGCGCUAUCGGGGCGGCGGCGGCGGGGAACGGGCUCCGGGCGCCAGGCAUCGGGCGGGCGCCGGAGCGCGGCGCGGCGGGGAAGAUGACCGUGGGCUCCGGCGUGCUCCUCGUGCUGCUCUCGCUCUCCGGCGCGCUCCGGGCCCACAAUGGAGAUCUUACAGCCAGGGAGACCUGCAAAGCUGGAUUCUCUGAAGAAGAUUACACGGCAUUAAUCUCCCAAAAUAUUCUGGAAGGAGAGAAGGUCCUCAAAGUCAAGUUCAGCAGCUGCCUGGGGACCAAGGGGACACACUAUGAGACCGACAGCAUGGACUUCAAAGUCGGGGCUGACGGGACGGUCUUCGCCACCCGGGAGCUGCAGAUCCCCUCCGAGCAGGUGGCCUUCACCGUGACCGCGUGGGACCGCCAGACGGCCGAGCGCUGGGACGCCGCGGUACGGCUGCUGGUGGCCCAGACCUCACCCACGCGGUCCGGACACAAGAAAGGAAAGAAGAGUGCACCCCUGGACCCUGUCCAGCCGCCAAAUGACACACUGUUGCCGUGGCCACAGCAUCAGAGCUCCAAUGGGCUGAGGCGGCAGAAACGGGACUGGGUCAUCCCGCCCAUCAACGUGCCAGAAAACUCCCGCGGGCCCUUCCCGCAGCAGCUGGUGAGGAUCCGGUCCGACAAAGACAGCGACAUCCCCAUCCGCUACAGCAUCACGGGCGUGGGCGCCGACCAGCCCCCGGUGGAGGUCUUCAGCAUCGACUCCAUGUCUGGCCGGAUGUAUGUCACACGGCCCAUGGACCGGGAGGAGCGAGCCUCCUACCACCUCCGAGCCCACGCCGUGGACAUGAAUGGCAACAAGGUGGAGAACCCCAUCGACCUGUACAUCUACGUGAUUGACAUGAACGACAACCGCCCCGAGUUCCUCAGCCAGCUGUACAACGGCUCCGUGGACGAAGGCUCCAGGCCAGGCACCUACGUGAUGACCGUCACAGCCAGCGACGCUGACGACGGCACCACGGCCAAUGGGAUGGUGCGCUACCGGAUCGUGACCCAGACCCCGCAGAGCCCCUCCCAGAACAUGUUCACCAUCAACAGCGAGACAGGGGACAUUGUGACGGUGGCGGCCGGCCUGGACCGAGAGAAAGUUCAGCAGUACACAGUCAUCGUUCAAGCGACAGACAUGGAAGGAAACCUGAACUAUGGCCUGUCCAACACGGCCACAGCCAUCAUCACGGUGACGGACGUGAACGACAACCCGCCCGAGUUCGCUGCCAGCACGUAUGCAGGGGAAGUCCCCGAAAACCGGGUGGAGAUGGUGGUCGCAAACCUCACUGUGAUGGACCGAGAUCAGCCCCACUCCCCGAACUGGAACGCUGUCUACCGCAUCAUCAGCGGGGACCCCUCGGGCCACUUCAGCGUCCGCACGGACCCCGUCACCAACGAGGGCAUGGUCACCGUGGUGAAGGCGGUCGACUAUGAGCUGAACAGAGCGUUCAUGCUGACCGUGAUGGUGUCCAACCAGGCGCCCCUGGCCAGCGGGAUCCAGAUGUCCUUCCAGUCCACGGCGGGGGUGACCAUCUCAGUCAUGGACAUCAACGAGGCCCCCUACUUCCCCUCGAACCACAAGCUGAUCCGCCUGGAGGAGGGCGUGCCCACUGGCACCGUGCUAACCACGUUUUUGGCAGUGGACCCUGACCGGUUCAUGCAGCAGGCGGUGAGAUACUCAAAGCUGUCGGACCCAGCGAACUGGCUGCACAUUAACGCCACCAACGGUCAGAUCAGCACGGCGGCCGUCCUCGACCGCGAGUCUCCCUACAUCAGAAACAACGUCUAUGAGGCCACCUUCCUGGCAGCGGACAACGGUGCGCCCAGGGGCAGGGAGACAAGGGGCGGGGGGCCCGCCCUCGCCCAUUUGAAGCCCUGGGCCUGGUGCUUCACUGAUGCGGGCGCCAGGGGAGCUGGGCACUGUUAACACCACUGUUACAGCUCCCUGGGCUC